AUGGUCGGACCAAGCAUGCGGCCCCCUCGCUCCAUCUCAGGAUCAUCAUCUGCCGCUGCAGCAGCAGCCGUAGCCAUGGCCAUGGCCACAGUUGCGAAUGCUCGGUUAUCGGGUGCUGCUAGUGGGAAUGGAGGAUACAACUUUGAGGGACCUUUGGAUCAAGACGGCAACUUGAUCAUCUUACGUGCUAUUCCGGCCGAUGAGCGCAACCGAUUGGCGGCUGGGAGAAUGGAGGACUAUCAGUCAAUGGGAAUGUUCAACCCUUUGUGGGCGCGUGCCGGACUCUCCGCCAGAGGACCCGACUCGACAGGUUCGCGUUCGAUGGAGCUCCCAGCAGCUAGCUAUCAUGGCCAUCGCAAACUCCACGCCUAUUCGUCCCCGUCUCCAACACUACCGCCAACUUCUAGAGGGAUUUUUCCAAUGGGGGCGUCUUCAAUCUACUCGGCCACCGACCCUCUCUCAGGAUAUACACGAACUCAACAGAGCCCACCCUUGACAAUUGCAACAGGUCGCUAUGUAUCGACACCUACACCUGGUUCACAUGACAUGGUUUCAGACCCGAAACGGUUGGCUGGAUUCGACUACUUCAACCUCCCUCUCACCCAGUCCACCGCCUCUACUCCUUCAGUCACUUCGCCCUCAUUCGCAGCUCAUACUAGAAGUUUUGCUCAGCUCAGUUUGAUGGACGACUCAUCGUUAUCGGCCUCGUUGCCCCCAACUCCAACCCAGUCCAACUUCGACAAGUACGAUGAUGGGAUGGAUCCCACGUCCCUCUAUAAAGCUCCAGUCCCGCUUUACCCCGCACAGACUUCUCAGUCUCCUCAUCGUCCCAAUGGACAGUCACUACCAGCACAGCACAAGCAGCUGAGAACCGCAUCAGUCUCACCUCACCCUCAAGGUCGCGACGUUCGACACCAGCCAUUCGGUUUCCCUGACCGUCGAUCGUCUCUGCCCUGGGAUGCCCGCAUUUCGUCCCACUCUGGAUCGUUGGACAGCAGAGGAGCAUCCAAGGGCUCUCGUCAACAGCCUGGAUCGUCCAUUACGUCUGCCUCCACUGUUCAUGGCUACAAAGGUCGCGGGCGCAACAGCCUUCCUCAGUCGUUUCUUGUGCGGUCCAACAGCACGCCCGCCAUCUUUGGUUUGCCAUCUACACCCAUGACGACCUUGGAACACCAGAAACAGCAUCAGCAGCAACAACAGCAAGCCCAUUUCAACCUGCAAAGCUGGCACGGUCUGCGACCCAAAGUUGAAUACGACACUAGCAGUACCUCAACCACGAUUGUCGAAAGGGCUACCCAGGACCUCAUUACGGCGACUGGACACCUCCGAUGCACUCUCGCUCAGCAACAGUCGUCGGAAUACUUUAUGGAGAAUCAUGAUCAGCUUCAAACACGCGGUGUCGCUCCCUUCGAUCGUUCGUUCCACAACAAUGCCCAGGGCCAAGUCGUACAGGACAUCCAGGACAGCACUCGUGGGCACUUGUCAUCGGGCCUGAAUUCCAACUCCUCGACCGGUGUUGUGUCAAGACAGCAGGAGCACCAAGUCCGCGUCCAACGCACGAUGCUACAGGACGAACCCCAUCAGCAUCCAUCCAUUGAUGCUUGGGCUCAGCCAGGACUAGACUGCUUUGAGGGCAGCAACAUAUCGAACAAGAACCGACCGUACUUUGGGUCGACGACUGACACUGAAGUCCUGCAGACCAUCCCGGUGCCCCGAUCCUCGGGCACCUCGCAAGAUAUAUCGGCCAUGCUUACUUGCUCUUACUCUCCACCCGAAACUCAGCUGCACCGUCCGACGAGUCACCCCCUUAUAUUCGACACAAUGGUCCAUGGACGGAAUGACGCCACCUCUCAGCAACAGCAACAGCAGCACCAACAACAAUUCCAGUCAGCUCAGCGUCAACUCCAGUCAUCACAGCAUGGUCAGAGCCACCAGCACCCACUGUCGCUGAAGGUGGAGGAUCUGGAAGACGACACGUUUGAUACUUCGUUGGCCAUGGUAUUGGAUGAUCAUCUGAGGCUUAUGGACCAUCUCAACAUGAUGCCGGACGUUGAGGUCUACCAGAACCAACUCUCUUCCGCUGCAUCCAUGAUACGACCAACUGAGCAACAACAGCCACAGCAACAACAUCAGAAAAUCACUGUGUCGACAUCAAUUUCCACUGGAUUGCACCACCACCCGCAGCAGCAGCGUCUUCAAGGCCCCAUGUCGGCCCCAGUCAUCUCCACACAUCACCAGAACCUCUUUGGAUCCAGCGAACUGUACCCUGCCCCCGCAUCUGCCACCCCCGCCAACAGCACGGUUCGAUCCACCGGGUAUUCGGUUUUGUCCGGGUCGUCGAUUCCGAGUCCAGUCCCGCCUGAGGAUCCUACGAUUGGCGGUGGGAUGGUAAUGAUCAAGCGAGAGUUUGGCCACCAACCUCCGCACCCGCAGCAACAGCAACAGCAACAGCAGCAGUCUAUACUGUAUUUUGACAACCCUGCGAUUGUCAUGAGCAAGGGACCACAGAGUGCGGGUAGCAGUACUGGUUGUCACGGAGAUAGUGCCACUGGCAGCGGCAGUGGAAGUGAGCCUUUUGGAUAUGUGCAAGAUACGAGCUUCAUGCACAUCAAAGUUGAGCCAGAUCUCGACCUUGACAGUCAGCACCAACUCCAGCAACAGCAUCAUCACCAACAGCAACAACCGCAACCACAGACGACAUCAUCGUCGCAGUAUACCAUGGAUCGCCAGCACCCAUUUGAUCCUACCCCUGUACAGCACCAGCAUCAACACCGUCAACAGCAGCAGCAACAGCAACAACAACACCAAUUCCAGCAUCAUCAUCCUCAAGGCGUCGUUUGA